AAAAAUUUACUAACAGCAAGUUAUCAUGUGGGCAACACCACUUCGGUUGCAGCAACUGUGGUUAUGACAGGUUAUGUUCUUGACCCAUUGCUAUAUUCUUAAUAGGUUAUGUGCCUGACUCAUUUCUGUGACACUUGCUGUGUUCUUAAUUGAUGGGUUGUUCAAUUCUUGACACAUUGUUAAAUGGGACAUAGAUGAGAGAACAGGAGUUCACCCCAUGUAUGUAAAUCCCGUAAGAUCCUUUUAAUUAAUAGUAUUAAUAUGUGUAUUGUCUAGCUUGUCCUAAUCCUUAUCUAAAUUGCCCAUCAGACCUUGGAGGAAACCCUAAUAUGAAAUGUUUAUAAACAUGCUGAUAGUAGUGUUGGGCAUGAAAAUAUCCUUUGAGGACAGAGAUUGUGAAUAUGGUCCUGUCUGCAACCUUUAUGGAUGAGAGAAAGGGAGAUAGGAGAAAGAUUAGAGAAGGAGUUGGUCCUCCAGUGGUGAUCAGUGCAUGGUGAACUUCCAAAGGAAUAGUGUGGGGUGGUGAUAGUAGUCCUUAGAAGUAAGUAGGAACUGGCAAUGGAGUUCCUGAGAUUGAUAUAUAUGAGCCUUGGUUCUGUUUCUGUAGCUUCAAUUAAUUGUCAAAAAUAGGAUUGUCAGUGCGAAGGAUGUUCUUAACCUAUUUUAAAUAAAUAAUUUAUGAAUAACUUAGGAAACUACUGUUCUCUUAUUUCUGCAGAAUUCCCUAAUGUCAUAUUUUGUGUUGUUAAACUCCCUUGACUGUGCUACCUAGAAAAAUUUUACUUACCCUCCCCAAUACUUUUUAAUUGUCAGCAAAAUACUGAUACAUUAUCAGAAGGUCCACAACCAGUGACUGAUUACAAUUGAUAAGAUAAGAAUUACUGCUUCAGGAAAUGCAACUGAAAGAGAAUUAUGGGUGGCUGUAUAUUAAGUAUUAUUGAAGGUCAACAAGGUGUGGAAGUGACCCAGUAACAAGUAUUAUUUUAUUAGACCCAGUAACAAGUAUUAUUUAUUAGACCUGGUAUUAUUUUUUGAUUGCUUAUGCCUCCAAAGGAUAGAAAAUGGCUAUUAUUCCCCUCAAACUUUGCUUUGACCUGUGCUUAAGACACUUUAGCGUAGACAUCUUGAGCGUACUUGAAGGCUGCAGACUUGUGAAACAAAGUGUCACACUGGCACAGCUCUAGAUAAGGAGUCACCAAUCUUCAAGUACCUUUAAGGCUUCUUCCCUACGCUGUGUAAGACAAAGGUCAAAGUAAAGUUUGAGGGGAAUAAUAGCCAUUUUCUAUCCUUUGAAGGCAUAACCAAUAAAAAAAUAAUACUAUCUAGGAACAAAAUUUUUUACGUUGUGAUAAUAUUUACAAUAAUUCUUUAUGCAUAAUUGUAAUUAAUUACCUGUAAUAUUCUUCACUUAGUUCUGUUUAUAGAGUACUGUAAUGAAAAUAUAGUAUAAUUAUUUGUAAUCUACAGUAUAGUACCUAAGUUUGCCCUUUAACUCUAAUCUUAUGUUGUGGAUAGUAUAUGGUUAAUUUAAAAAUGUAAUCAUAACUAGCAAAUUAAUGUUAAUUUUUUUUACAGUGAUAAGCAAUAAUGACUGUAACCAGAAUUCAUCGCCUUGUCUAUAUAAUGGGUUUCUUGGUAAGUAAUAAUUCCCUCGUAAUUAUUGUACAUUAAUUGUUCAGGCUGAACUUGCACAAGUUAGUUUAUAUUGGUUAUCAUUACUAAAUUUCUUGAACAUCUCUCAUAUGAUGACCAAACCACACAUCAUAAAAUGGAGAAACGAAGACAUUUCGGUCCAUCCUGGAUCAUUAUCAAGUCCAUUAUCCAUUAUCAUUUUAUGAUAUGUGGUUUGGUCAUCAUAUCUUCUGUCAUAUUAUUGUGACUCAUUAUCUGCAAAUCUCACAUAUGUUAGCUUACUUCUCAUUUAGAAUUAAGUUUACCCCAAUAUACAUAACAAAAAUUGUUGCUGAAUUAGUCAAAGUUUUGCCCAAAACACUUUGCAUAUACAGUCAGUGGCUUUAUUUAAUGUCUACUGUAUUUAUUCUUCCAAUUUUAAGAUUUUGAUGUUCAGAUUUGUUCUCUGUGCCUUGGUAUUAUAUUUUUGCUAUUUAUUGUUUUGUAAACUCUUGAGUGCCAAACAAUUCUUGUCUACUGUUCAUUUUUUCUCUGUUAGUGUCUUCAUGGCUAGCUUGUUUAAUUUUAUGGUAGAAUUGUAAUUUGGGAUGCUUAGUGUAUUAGUUCCGAGUUUUUUCUUUCAUCUCCAUUACUUUUUAGUAGAAUGACUAAUAUAUUAUUGUCACCUUGGGCCAGAUGGCUGUCAGUAAUUUGACUGUGCACAAAUAUUUUUUAUUGCACAUAUGAUUGAAUUGCAUGUCAGAUAAAAUAUCCUUGCAAAAUGAUAAAUAUUUUGUUGUGGUAAUUAUUUAUCAUUUUUUUAUUUUUGUAUCUGCCACAUUACCUGUAUGUCAUCUGUGAUAGAUAUUUGACACACAGUAACAGAUAGUUGAUAUACUGUACUGAUAACAGAUUGGUCAUAGAUUUAACACUAUCAGUUAAGCCAGUCAUUUUUUUGCUAUUUCUCUUGCCUCAGAAUGCUUGCAACGUGCUGCUAAACUUAUAUGAAUGUUAAGAGAUCUUCUUGGAGUGAGCCUAAUCCUGCCCCUGAUCUUACCAAUGGUAAAGAGUUUAGGUGCUUCUCACUUUGUUGCUGGCGGUGUUACUUCAAUUUACGGUGCGAUCCAGUUAUUUUCCAGCCCUGCCAUGGGACGGUGGAGUGAUAUUGUGGGCCGGCGACCUGUAAUGCUGGUGUGCCUGGUAGCCACAGCCAUCAGUUACUUGGUAAUGGGGGCUUCUCGUUCUCUCUUCAUUAUCAUUUUGGGCAGAGCUAUUGCAGGAAUAUUCAAGCACAGUCAGACAAUAUGCCGUGCUCUGCUUGCAGACAUAACUUCUCCAGAGGAAAGAUCACAGGUUUUUGGAACGUUUAAUGCUGCAUCCAGCAUAGGGUUCAUCAUAGGUCCCAUGCUCGGAGGUCAUAUAUCUGAGUUUGAGGAUGGAUUUUACAUUGUGUGCAACCUGGGUGCUUCUUUCUUCCUAGUGAACUUUGUGCUGUGCUGGCUGUUCAUUCCGGAUGCGCGGGUUGUUCAGCUCCAAUCACCAAGAAAAUCUGAGAGUAAAGGUGGCAGUCAGUUAUUAGCAUUAAUGAAAGAUGUUGACUGGAAGAUAUUUGGAGAUAUCUUCCUAAUCAGAUUUUUCCUCAGUUUCUCUUCCCUUGUAUAUAGAUCUAACUUUUCACUCUUGGUCGCUCAAAAUUUUGGAGCAAGCCCGAGGGUUAUUGGAUAUCUCAUUUCAUUUCAGGGAAUCAUCAGUGCCUUGGCAGGAUUCUUUACUGGCCAAGUAUCAAGGUUCUACAGGGACCCUCAGCAAGAGCUUUAUCAUGGUUCUAUUCUGCUAACUCUGGCUUUAAUUGGACUCACUGCUGCCCCUUCACUUACCUUACUUUUGUUUUGUUUAAUACCAUUGUGCAUCAGCACAGCUAUUAUACGAGUGAGCGGUUCUGCAGUCACUAUCAGUCGGUGCCAAUCAUCACAGAUUGGAUCAGUGACUGGGUUUGGGCAGAGCAUAGCAUCUGUGGCUCGUAUGGUGACGCCACUCGUAGCCGGCAUGACUCAGGAGAUGAGUGUAUAUGGCCCAGGGAUGAUAGGAGCCCUGUCUGCUGGAGUGGGAGCUGCGCUUACUGGGAACCUGCAUCACAACACAAGAUUAAAAUCAGAGUAAUUAGGUUUUUCUUCAUAAUUAGUUUUAACGAUAAAUUAUUAAAAUAUUUGUUUGUAUUUCUUUAAGAAAACUUUUUAUAUGAAAAGUAUUUGUCUAAGAUACCAAAAAUUGUCUUAAAUAUUAGUCAUCAAUGUGUAUAGUAAACAAGAUUAUUACAUUUUCCAAAUGUAAUGCAACAAUACUCAAGUAAUGGUAAUUACGUACAGCACUUGCAUAUAACUAUGAAACAUGCCGAGUACCCUAAUAGGUGCCAACAACUCUCCCCCCUAAUGCCAUAUUCUUAGUACAUUCCAUUAUUCCUGUAUGUGACCUUUUAACCAAUUUAUUGGAUGCCCGAUGAAGCAGAUGCGAGUUCAUGUAUUGACGGGAGUUUUAAAUCUUAUGCGGUAAUUUAAAAUAUCCCCGAUUGUAUCAGUUUAUGGAUAAAUGGUGGGAGCAUCCCUGGUUGUGUCACUCAGUUGAAGGGUUAACCUUCAAAUGCUUGUCACAUCCAGGGAUGUAGUAACCCUUUCAGAGAGUCACAUUAGGGAUGCUUCUGGCCACACUGUUCAAGUCAUACAGGAAUACUUUAGACCAUGCUGUAUAAGAUUUAUGUCCUGUAGGUACAUGGGGCUCACAUCAGCUUUCUUAGACCUUUAGGAAAGACACCAGUUUGACAAAAUUGGGAAACCAUUUCUGGGUGUGAAGCCAGUAAUACUUGGAGCAACCAAGGGUUGUGCAUGCAGGUGUACCCUAUUUCUCUCUAAACCCCCCCCCCCCCCCCCCACACACACAUCCCCAGCAUGCAGCCCAUAGCAGUAAAUAGGUACCUGGGCAUUACAGCUGCUAGGUGAAUAGGGGUAUCAGGUGAAAAUCUGCCCAUUUGUUUCUGCCUUGGUCAUGAAUCAAACCCAGGCCCUUAGGACUAUGACCCAAGUGUUGUCCACAAUGCAAUUUAUGAUCGUCACAGCAUGACAAAUACAACCAUAGCACUGCCAAUGUUUGAUGCAUUUAUCAAAACAACCUCACGGUCCAAUAGAAAAUUAAUGAGAAAAAUGAUCAUAUUCAGGAUUUAGUUGUCAGAAUGUGGUCAGAUUCAGGAUCAGAAUGCAGAUAACAAAAUUGUGCCUCGAGUCAGCGAUAGGUGUGUUAUAUUGGAGGCAUCAUGUCAAGUCAGGUGGCGUCACAUCAGCCGAUUAGCGUGUUGAUGCCCUGCUGUAUGGGGUCCGUCAGACUAGCUUAGUGGUUUGUUAUAGUGCACAAAAAUGGAGGUAGUUUUAUAUAAAGUGUAUAUGCAGUGUAAUAACAAAACAAGAAAACUAUGCUUUUGCCAAGUAUAAUCAAUCUUGUCUAAGCUCAUUUAUCUGGACUAUACGGCAAGGAGCCCUCGCUGGAUAAGCAAAAUUCUUACGGGGUAAGUCCUAAAAUGACCACAUAGUAUUCCUAAUUUUUUAUACUACAGCCAACAAUUAAAAUUUCCCCCCCCCACACCCUAUAAAUAAAGAAUAAAAUUUAAAAGAAACUUCAGCUUAAAUUUUAGUCGCUUCUUAUUUGAUACUGUAAAUCUUGAAAAUUUAUGUAACGUCUCCGAUUAUGACAAAGUUUGGCAGAAAAUUAUCUGAUGUAAUUUUGGCCAGAUAACCCAAAUACUGUAUUUGGUUUAGGAGAAUUUGGAUAAGUGGGUGCAUACAGUAUUUUUCAAUAUAGCAAGGUUCUACACAUUUUAUAUAAAUUGAUCAAAUUACACACUAUCAUCAUCAGGGUGCUGAUAAUAGCAACAGUGUGCAAAGAAUUAUAUUAUGCAUAUUACUGUUAUAAUGCAUUUUGUCUCAUUUGCCAGUACAGUAUUGUGUAGGGGCAUUAUGCUAUCCUUGGAUUUCGUUACCACAUCCACCAGAACGGUUUAGUGCAUGAAAGUACACAGUGUAAUACCAAAAACAAUAUUUUAUUGUUGUAAGCAAAUAUAGUGCACAUCUUUGUGAAACUAUUAUAUUUGAGGAUUUUAAUGUUCCACACUUGUUUUUAUAUCAAUUUCUCAAAGGACAAUUAAUAUUACAGUACUGUACUACAAAAAGCAAUAGAAAAAAGUAACAAGAUGUUAGAACAAGUAAUGGCAUGUAAAAAUGUUGGGCUACACAUAUGUUAAUAGUUAAGGGUUAGUACUACAUAAAAUUUGAAGUUCCCGCAAGUACAUGGGUUAACACCUGCUUCCUUAGGCCUCUGUUAAACAGGUUCCAUCUUGAGGGAAAGGAUGGAUCAUGGCCACUCCUUCCUGGGUGUGAGGUUGCUUCAGUACCAAGAGCAAACAGGAGUUGUGCAUACAGCAGCAGCUCAUGCUCACAUUUAAUUAUGAAAUAUAAACAAUGUCAACAGUGCAUAAACAUGUUCAUAGUUAUAUAUAAUUACAGUAUAUACAGUGU